AUGCGGGGCUGCGGAGGCCACCUUAGGCCUGGGCUGCUGCCCCUGGGACUACUGCUGGUCCUGAGCCCGGGCCCUGCCCUGGGCGACGACUACGACUACUACAGCUGGCAAGCUGACCCCGUCGAGGGGCCCAGGGGCCGGGCCUACUCCAAGCCCCCGCAGUGCCUGGACAUCCCCCCGGACCUACCGCUCUGCCACUCGGUGGGCUACAAGCGCAUGCGGUUGCCCAGCCUGCUGGCCCACGAGAGCCUGGCCAAGGUGAAGCAGCAGGCCAGCAGCUGGGUGCCGCUGCUGGCCAAGCGAUGCCACGCGGACACGCAGGUGUUCCUCUGCUCCCUCUUCGCCCCCGUCUGCCUGGACCGGCCCAUCUACCCGUGCCGCUCCCUCUGCGAGAGCGUACGCGACGCCUGCUCGCCGCUCAUGGAGGCCUACGGCUUCCCCUGGCCUGACAUGCUGCACUGCCACAGAUUCCCCCUGGACAACGACCUCUGCAUCGCCCUGCGGCUCGCCCACCCGCUGCCCACCGACCCGCCAGUGACCAAGAUCUGCACCCAAUGCGAGAUGGAGCACAGUGCUAAUGGCCUCAUGGAGCAGAUGUGCUCCAGCGACUUUGUGGUCAAAAUGCGAAUCAAGGAGAUCAAGAGCGAGAACGGCCACCGGAAGCUGAUCGGGGCCCAGAAGAAGAAGAAGCUGUUCAAGACGGGGCCCCUGAAGCGCAAGGACACCAAGAAGCUGGUGCUGUACAUGAAGAACGGAGAGGGCUGCCCCUGCCCCCAGCUGGAUGACCUGACCGGAAACUUCCUCAUCAUGGGUCGCAAGGUCCAGGGGCAGCUGCUGCUCACGGCCAUCUACCGCUGGGAGAAGAAGAACAAGGAGAUGAAGUUUGCCGUCAAAUUCAUGUCCUCUUACCCCUGCUCCCUCUACUACCCCUUCUUCUCUGGGACCGCAGAGCAGCAUUGAAGGGCCCUCCCUCCUCCCAUCCGGGGCCUUCCCCACCUCCCCCAGUCCAGUCUCAAGGACGACGGCCGCCCCGACUAGCCAGCCCCAACCAUGGCUCCCGCUCGGCCCCGCUACGUCCCGCCCCGUCCUGUCCUGCCGCUGCCUACAGAUCUGUUGGGCCAGAUGGAGGCUUCCCAAAGGGAAGGGGAUCUGGUGGGUGGGAGUGUGAGACCAGCAGACAAGAUGGGUACAUGAGAUGGUGCUUUUCUGACCUCGAAGGUCAGGCGCUGCGUGGCCCACUUUAACCGAGGAUGAAGCCGAAAGAUACCGUGGGUAGUGUGGUGAAGGUGGCACCGGGGCUGGGACUUCUUCCUCUUCCUCCCCUUCCUUCCAGCAUUACACUUAGGGUCCCAACAAGAGGCCAUAGAGAUGAACGGGAGAUGGGAGGAGUCUGGCCGAACUGGGGAGGUGACUCUAAGUUGGAGCCCCCCAUCCCCUGGGUGAGGGCAUGAGGGGACCGCAGCAGCGAUGGGCUGAGCCACUCUGUGAGGCCUCAGUUCAAUUCUCCCUCCCAAUCCUCCUUCUGCCUUCUCUGGUCCCUCCACAAAGGGACAGGAUGCUUAAUAGGAGAAGUGUCUUUCCCUGACCCUCUUUCCCCCUCCUUUUGAUCCCUUCACCUCCCUCCACACCCCAGCCCCCACAAGCUCACUGGCAGCUUCUAGUCUCUGGGUCGGUGCCCCCUUCUCUAGUCUUCCUGCCUGAGGUCUACUGCCUCCGCUUUCUCCACUGCCCUGUUCUCAAGGUAAAUUAUUGCUCAUGCUGGGUGGGCUUGAGAGG